GCGCGCAGACCGGUUACACUCGGUGGCGCGGUUCAGUUCAAGGUUUCCCAUUUCGGAGAGUUCAACGCAUACAUGUCGUAUGCGUACGAUAAUAAUAAUAUAUAUAUAUAUAUAAAAAAAAUAAUAACAUUAUACGCGUGCCUCGUAAACCGACCGCCCUACUGCCUCUCUAUAUACAUACGCGCAUACAUCCGAUAGUAUAAUACCACGGUGGUCGGCUCCUCCCCCCGGAAAAAAAAAUCGUCAUCACCCGUCGGCGGCUUUUUUAUAUUUUCUCGUCGUCACUAGCCGGCCGGCCGCUGUACGAUCCGCGCUCCGCUCCGUUCCGCUCCGGACGCGUAAACCGACGUAAAACAAAUACUAUAUUAUUAUCUGCAGUACUUAAUACUAUUAUUGCCGUCCGUCUGUACGGUAUUGUAAACCGACUAACCGAGAGAGCGAGUUGUCCCAUUUUAUACGAGUCUUGCGUUUCGGUCGACUCCUGCUGCAGGACACUGUUAUUGCUCCCGUCGUCGCCAAAUCGACAUUCGUUCGUUUAUUUUAUUUUUUAUUUUUUUUUGAUUUUCGUUUCUUUCCCCAAAGUCGUCUUUUCCUCCCGCUGCACGUCCUCGGCCAGCGUUCCCGAAACCGAUAAAACACUGCAGUGGCGACAGUCAGAGCGAACCGCCCCGCAUCGUCGCUCGGAAACAAAAGAAAAUCGUCUGUGAACGACGGGAAAACAUGAACAAAAUCACGUAAAAUCACCCGGCGCACUGCAAUUAGAUCGCGGAUCCUCGUGCAGUCGAUUCCUUCCGAACGCAUACAAAUUGGAGCACGGUGACUGAAUGAUACCUCAGCAUGUCCCAGGAUCGCUUCACCGCUCUUCGGCUGCUGUCGUACUGUUGGCUGACCGUCAUGUUGCCGUCCAACACUUUGGCAUUUAACGUCGUCUACAACAAGGAACCGCUGUCGUCUUCUUCGUUACAGUCAUCCGCUUUCUAUCAGACCGGUAGCAGGAAGUUUGGCGGCUACCGAAUCGUACCUCGCGCCUGCAAAGAUGACAAUCACUCGUUCAAGAACGAUGUGUCCAUCACCACCCCGACGGGAACCGGAACCGGAACCGGCGUGUGCAUGUUCAACUACGAGUGCACGCAACUGGGUGGUUCGGUGGUCGGGUCAUGCGUGGACGUGUUCCUGUUCGGCGCCUGUUGCCGACUUCCGGCCGGCGUAAAAGUGCCCUCCGCGGUCGAGCAGAGCGCGUCCACGGCCGCGGCCGUCACGUCCACCGCCCCGACGCCCGGCUCGCACUACAACGAUCUGCCACCGCUAUCGUUCCAACAGCCGGUGGCCGACACCAUAUUGAUGCACCGCAACGGGUCGGCCGUGCAAAACACUUACAGGCCGGACGAUCUGUUCGGUAACUUCACGGCCCUGAUGCAGGCCCACCGCGACCGGUUGCCGUCGGCGUCCGACAUGGCGGACGUCGUGCAACAGUACACCACGGACGGCGGUUACCACCACCAACAUCAGUACCAUCAUAAUAACCAUCAGCAGCCGUUCGCCGACAACAAGAUUACAUCCAAAGUGGAUUACGGCGACCCGGCGUCCACCGUCAAGCAGCCGUCGUAUUCGUCGUCGUCGUCGUCACCGGUGUCCAAGUCCACCGACUCGGUGCCCAACAUCCGGAAGACCACUCCGUCCGCGGCAACCGUUCAGGCGACCACGUCCAAACAGGGUUACAUGAAUCAUCACAACAACCAUAAACACACGGCCGCCGACGACUAUUACGACAACAUGGUGUUGAUACCCACGCUGACGGUAAACGACCCCAACGUCAAGGAAAACAACUCCAUCAAUCACAUACUGUCUAUACUCAACUACACGCCACCCGACAAGCACCACGCGGACCCGAUGGACGCGUCGCCGUCGUACCAAGUCCACCAGGUGCAGUCGACCAGCCAGCCGCCGCCGGCGCUGUACACGUGGGGCUCCAUCGACCACGGCGAUUCCAAGUCGCCGGGUUACGGGUCGUCCACGUUCCCGGUCACCAGGCCCUCAUCGUCCACGCCGGCGCAGCAUUACGACCGGCCGGCCACCAACUAUUACGGUUCGACGCCAUCCACUACUUCCACCACGUCCAGUCACCACCUCCCGGGACCGCACUUUCACGUACUGUCCACGACCACGGCCAAGCCGCUCGAGCCGGUCGCGCCCACCGUCAUAGUGCUCGGGCCGGCCAACGAUUCAAAAUACCCCAACAAGUACACUACGCCCUCGUCUGCGUUGCAUUCGUCGUCGUCGUCGUCGUCGUCGUCGUACCGUCCACCGCCUUCGUCGCACGUAAAACCGUCGCAGAGCAUCAUCGUGACGGGUAAACCGUCGGUGAGCGCCGCGUACACUACCACGGCCACGUAUCACCAUCCUCAGCAGCAACACCAUCAGCAGGACGUGGCUUUCGUGCCGGUCAGCUCGACCACGAUGGCUGACAAAUAUUACAACGCCAACUAUCAACCGACCACCGGCGGCGCCGUGCACACUUCGGCCAAGCCGCUGGUGUCCUCCAACUACGGACACCGGCCCUCCACCACCACGGCCGGCCCGCCGACGACGACCACGGUCAGCAGCGCGCUGCACCACGACGCCGGCAACAACAACAACGUGUUCACCACGGUCAUCACGUCGGUGAACCAUCAGUACCAUAACAAGUUCCAGCCGACGGCAACGGGCACCGGCGGCUCGAGUAGUACAUACUCGACGGCCAAACCGGCGGUAAACGACGGCGGUGCAGUGGCGGUGCUCCAGUCUUCCGGCGGUUACAGACCGUCGUCCACCGCCGUCGACGACGAUUACCCGACGCCCGUCGUGACGCCGACCUCGCAAGUGUUCAUAACCGCCUCCGACGUUCACCACCUACAACAGAUCCAUCACCAUCUGCAGCACCACACGUCGUCGUCUUCGUACCCGGUCACCGGUUCUGUGCACGGGCCCACCGCCGACGACGACGCCGCUGCCGCCAUCCCGUUCAACUCCACCGACACGUUCGCGUUCCCGCCGGUCCGCGAUCCCAAUGUCAACCUGACGGCGGCCACGCAGCAGGAGAAACCAGACGUGACCGUGGUGGACGCGGCCGGCGAUUACGACGCCGAUGCCGAUCCCAACCCGCACCUGACGGCCGACGACCACCUGGACGAAAAGGUGCACCUGUUCGUCGAGAAGGUCGUCCAAUCGCUGCAGGGCAAUUUCGAAGACCUGGAAAAGGUCCUGAUGUCCGGCGACCAGUCGUCGUCCAACGUGACUAUCUCCAACGACGACUCGCCGGCGAGCUUGCCGACCAAGAAGCCGGUGACGGGUACGCCGACGGCCGCUACGCCCACGAAGAAACCGUCCAAACCGGCCACUACCGCCAAGCCCACGAAACCGUCGCCGCAGCCCGUCAAGUGGACCACCACGUCCACGUACCGGCCGACGCCCAUCACUCCGCCGUUGGACUCCGUCCCGUUCCUGGAGGUGACCACCACCGUGUCUCGUCCGGUCAAGUAUCCGACCAUGCUCACGCCCGUCCAGCUUUUCCAGCCCACCACGUACGCCACGGACAACAAGCGGCCGACUAAGUUGCCCGUCAAGCUGACGCCUUCCACGACCGUCAUACUGGACACGCUGAACGUCGAACACGACCAUCACACCACCGCCGAACCGGACUACAGGAAAACGUGCGGAGUGCGGCCUUUGGUGAGGAAAGGCGGUCGGAUCGUCGGCGGAACGGGUUCGACGUUUGGCGAAUGGCCGUGGCAAGUGUUAGUCAGGGAAGCCACCUGGCUGGGACUGUUCACCAAGAACAAAUGCGGAGGCGUUUUGAUCACUCAACGACACGUCAUUACCGCCGCCCACUGUCAACCCGGAUUUUUGGCGAACCUGGUAGCCGUGUUCGGCGAGUACGACAUUAGCGGCGAGGUCGAGUCCAAGCGGAGCAUCAGCAAAAACGUGAAACGCGUCAUCGUCCAUCGGCAGUACGACGCGGCGACUUUCGAGAACGACAUAGCCCUUCUGGAGCUCGAGUCGCCGGUCAACUACGACCAGCACAUCGUGCCCAUCUGCAUGCCAGACGACGAGGACGACUUCACGGGACGCAUGGCCGUGGUCACAGGAUGGGGACGGUUGAAAUACGGAGGCGGAGUUCCGAGCAUCCUGCAAGAAGUCCAAGUUCCUAUAAUUGAAAACCAAGUAUGUCAGGACAUGUUUGAGACAGCGGGACACACGAAGACCAUACUUAGUAGCUUCUUGUGCGCCGGUUACGCCAACGGGCAGAGAGAUUCUUGCGAGGGUGACAGUGGCGGGCCUCUGAUGAUCGAAAAGGAUAACGGUCGCUGGACUUUGAUCGGCACAGUGUCACACGGCAUCAAGUGCGCCGCACCAUAUCUCCCGGGCGUCUACAUGAGGACCACGUACUACAAACCGUGGUUGCAAACCAUCACGGGCGUACAGUAGACACGUCAUCGCCGAAUCGUCAAUAUACUAUUAUUGUUAUUGUUUUUUGUUGUUAUAGUUGUUGUUGUUAUGAUUUUAUGGUCGCGCCGUUAUAAGGUACGAUAUAAUAGUAAUUAUUAUAUUAUGUAGAAUAAAAAAUAGAUCCCGGAACCCUCCUCAUAUGUCAGCAGACCACAUAUUGUAAUCGCGCAUCUAUAUAUCUUAAAAUAAUAAUAAUAUUAAUUAUCGAUUAAUAAGUCAAUCCCCACCGCGUGUUCACGCAUUAUUCGUUCAAUGUCGGGCAAGUUACUCGAUAAAAGUAAUGGGAUCAGGUUACUCUGUACACUAUAGGUAAAAAGUCACUAUAAAAUAACUUAUCAUAAAUAUAAUAUCGAAAACAGAGAAAUUACAAUAUAGAUAUUUUAUCAACUCAAUCUGAAUGCGUUUCAAAACGAAAUACACGAUUAACUUUAUCUACGAUCUGUUUAUUAAUUUAAAAACAAAAUUAUUUUUAGUACACCUACCUAGUAAAUCAUUUUUAAUUUUUGUUUUUUAAUUCAUUCAGAUUAUUGAAAUACAUCAUUAGAAUAAUAGACUGUGAAUAAUAAUUAAAAAUAAUAAAUACAAACAGAGUGAUAAAUAAACUGUACUGUUUGCCGACCGCGCUUGGAAACGAUAAUGUUUUUAUGAUACUUCAAAAACAUUGUCGUCUUCUAAAUCCUGUCUCAAACAUUACGCUAAUGAUACAUAUAUUAAAAACGGGUUUAUUAAAAUUAUUUCGUGUAUGUUCAAACAUAAUAUCAAUAGUAUUAUCGAUAUGAUGUAUUACUUACUUUCAAAAAUUGAUUCCAUUACAAUACAAUCAAGUGCGUAUAACUCGUUUCUAGUAUUUCGUUACAGCUAAUAACGAGUGAUGGAACGUCGUACAACACGACGUUGAAUCUUUAUUUAAUAUGUGCGUGGGUGUGUGUGGGUUGGUGAGUAGAAAUUCCUUCGACGACCACAAAAGGCACAUAACGGCGCAAUCAAAUGUUCAGCGAGUAGACGAAUAGAGGAAUCUGAUGGUCGAUCCUUCGACCCGAGGACGCAGAGAAAACAAAUCGUGAGGUAGGGUGACGGGAAACAGAUCGAAUAUGAAAAAUACCGACACACAGCUAUUAAUAAUAUAUUAUACAAUAUAUCAUAAACUAGAUUGUAAUAUCGUAACAGCUGACAAACGUAUCUUUUUACCUCGCCGACGAUUUGUACUAUUAUUCUCAUCAUUGAUACGAUUAUUUUCGACGAUUUCCCUCUACUGCAUGUGAUAAUCAUAAUAUCGAUGACGUGUAUGAGUAUUGUAAAUACCUACUCGUCCGAUUAAAACGCAUAAUCAUAGUGAUCAGAAUAUAAUUUCGCCAUAAUUUAUCACUGUAAAUUAUUAUUUAUUUAUAAAUAUAUAUAUAUAUUAUAUUAUUGUACAUUUUAUUUUCAUUUUUGUAACUUAUAAUACGAUAUGUAGGUAUUUAUAGAUAUUGUUUGUUUCUUUUCUCUCUACUAUAUUUUUUAUAUUUAUAAGAUUUUUGUACAUUACUUCAUUUAUUUUUAUUAUUCCAAACACUCUUCUUAUUAUUAUUAUAACUAUUAUUUUUGUACUAUUUUAUCAUAAUAUAUAAUAUACAUUACUAUUAAUAUGUGUUGCUUAAACGCCAACACAAUAUACUAUAUUAUUAUAUGCUAGAGAUAAUGAUAAUAUAUAUACGCAUAAUAGCGCACGUACAUUAUAUACUAUAAUAAUUUAUUAUGUCCUCUGACGAAUUUUUUUUUUAAAAUACAUACAAUAUGAACAUUUUUAUUAAACAUUAAAAAAUUAAA